GCGAGAUCUCGUGCAUAUUAGGUUCCAAACUUCAAAGAGGAAGAUCAAGUGAGGUUGGGUAAAACUUCAUUAUCUCUCUCGAAAAAAAGCAGCCCAAGCACCAUCUUCAAUAAUAUAAUGCCUAUUGUCAUGGACUCAACCUCUCCCGGUCUCAAUAUGGCCCAUGGGUUUGUGAGGCAUAUUCAGCAGUGUCAGAUGGAAAGAAAACUCUAUGAACAGAGUCUGUCUGAUAGAAAGUUGCAGGAACAAAAUGCAGCACAGCAGCAGCAAAAUGAGUUUGGGAAGUCUGCACUGAAAAGAUCUGCUACAGAGAACAAACAGAAACAAAGACCAGAUCUCCCUUUGUAUCAGCCUCCAGGUCUGCGUUUCCGUCUGAACAGUACCAGUAGUACUAGUACCUGCUGCACCAGUGACCUGCACAUCAUGAAUGAGGAGGUGUCAUCAGAGGAGGUGGAUUUACCAAGAUAUAUUGAGGAAAUGCAGGGAAACAUAGCCAAAGCAUUAAAAAACCCAAAAAGUGUCACUGGCAUUGUUUUAGAUGAAGUGGCUCAUGCUAUAGUUAACAGGGCAUAUGAAGACACUGGUUAUUAUAAGACAGCUGCCAAGAUGUGCAAGAUAAUUACACAGAAAGAGACAGAACUGGAAAAAUAUGACGUCAUUCCCUGUAGCAGGUUCAGAUAUGCUGUGAUAGACCACUGUCAAAGACUCUAUGAUGACCAUGUCCAGAUGAGAGAGACAAACAGAAGAUUCUGGAUGGAGUAUGUCCAUUUUCUGGCAGAACUGUACCACCAGAUAAGAGAUUCUUGUGGACGUGGAAUCAGGGGGAUAUUUGAUGUCCUGUAUAAAGCUCUGAUGGUUCUGAGCAGACCUCCUUGUAUUUUUGAGCCAGAUGAGAUGGACGUGCUAUGCUCCAUCUUGCACGAGGUGGGUCAGGACCUGGAGGUGGACGAUGGUGACCAGAUGGACACUUUGAUAUGUGGUGUGCGUGAUGCGGCAUUGGAACCGCACACUGAGCCCUGGUGCAGGGGGACGCUGAUGCAGAUCUUGGAACUACGAGCAAGUCGUUGGGAGCUACCUCACCAUGUGGCACAGUUUUAUUAUGAAAACUCUGCAGAUUGAUGAUAGUACAUAUGGAGGAGGCAGGGGAUGGGGAGGGGGGGGUAAAGGAGGAAUAACCUCUAGAGAGCAAGUAGUUGUAUGUAACAGCAGUGAUCUAAUCCCUUGGUUUAUUUUAAAAUGCAAUAUUAAGUUGUUUGUUGUCCCAAAUUGAUUAUUUCAGGAGGGAAGGAAAAUGCCUUUUUUAUUUUCUGUAUUUACAUUGACUCUUAGUCAGCAAUUCACUAUUUGAUACUUUUAGUUUAUUUUUGUACAUUUUGAUUACUCUUUAUAUUUCGUACACUGUUUUGCAGAACUAAGUUUUUUUCUUGAAUUGUUUAUGAAUCACAAACAUCCUAGUCAAGUACUUCAUAAUGUCAGAAAAAAAUGCCAUGCUUUUAUUUACUGCUUUUAUUUUGUGUCCAAUUUGCCGCCAUGAUGGAAAUGAUUUGUGUAGUGCAUAAACUUUUUUUAUCAUCUUGUAGAAGCAGCUUUUCAUUAGUUUUCUGGAACAUGUACAUUUAGAUAAAAGUGCCAAAAUUAUAUACUGUGAAUGGUAUGCUGCUCAAGUGUCAGCACUUCCCGGCACUUUUCAACUUUUAUUAAAAUAUUUGUAUACGUUUACAUGGUUUGACUGUAAACCUACUAAAACUAAUAACAUUAAUGGAGUACUUAGUAGUCUCUGAUAAUUACCAUGAUAUUCAAUAGUUCAGUGUGUUUAUGUUGGAAUAUGCAAGUUCCUUGUACUCCUUCAAUGUAAUUGUGAUGUCAAGCAUGUCAACAAAUUAAUGGCUGCACUGGUUUAUUUUGUUAUAUUUACCUUUGUUUUUAAUACUGGGAUAAUUUCAUGGGAAGAUAUAUGGAUUUUUUUUUGUGUGUGUUUUUGUCAUAAUUUUUUGUUACUACUGCAAUACACACUGUGCUACUUCAGACCCCAGAUCAAGGCCCAGUGACAGUUUUAGUAUUUCCUUGUUUGUGUAGUGUAAGGUUAACCUAGUAGUGAGUCGAAUGUUACACCUUAUCCAGUGUUUUAUGUAGGAUUUCACCAAUGCAAAUAAAAGCUUAAUAUAAUAAG